CAUUUCCAAAAUGGCGAACGUUUAGGUUGUGUGUUACUGUUAUCUUUUUUGUUUUUUUAUAAAUUUUACACGCUGUUGACUUGACAUUGAGUUUUAAUGGGUCGCUCGCCGAGUCCGCGGCGGCGUGAGGACCGUCGUGAUCGCCGGGAGAGAGACAGGGAACGCGAUCGAGAUCGCGACAGGCGGAGGCCCAGGACCCGGUCCCGUUCGCGAUCCUUAGACCGUCGAAGGCGCUCCCCAGAACGUAGACGGUCGCCGUCUCCACGCCGAAAACGAUCGAGGUCCGUCUCCGCGACGCCUACGACAUCAUUCGCCCCGAAACCCAAGAAGAAUUUCGGCGAACGGCCCAUAGUCACGCCAGCAGAUUUGGAGGGAAAAACGCCCGAGGAACAAGAAAUGUUGAAGGUGAUGGGUUUCUGCGGCUUCGACACUACAAAAGGUAAGAAAGUCGAUGGCAACGUCGAAGGAGACGUACACGUAGUAUUGAAACGAAAGUAUAGACAAUAUAUGAACAGGAAGGGCGGCUUCAACAGGCCGUUGGACUUUGUCGCGUAACGGUAGCCCACAACCUAUUUUCCUUGUUUGUUAGGCCUCCAGGGUCGCCCGAUGUGAUAUUGGUUCUUUUAAAGCUUGUUCAUACAUAAACUGAUGUAUUCCAUUACGAAUAUGAACAUUUUUAGACAAUAUUGUCUCCAUUGAUCUUACAAAAGACACGUAACCUUGACCCUUUUAAGCCAAGGACAGACAAGCUGAAUUUCUAUACAAAAUCAGUUGUGAGGACAAGCUUUAAGAACAAUUUUAUUAGGAUUAAGUGUUAAACUGUUUUCCAUUUUGUAUUGAACUAGUUUUUGAGUUUUGGCUGUGAUAUACAUACAUAAAUUUUUAAUAAUGACUAACACUAUUUUAUACACUUUGAAUCCAUUGAAAUGCUAUUUAUUUUUAAUGUGUAAUAUAAAGCAAUAUAUUUUGAGGUUAUAAAAAAAAUUACAACAAUUUUAGUUAAUGAAUAAUGUUAAACAAUCACUCAACACUACUAAAUAAAUAUCACAACUAAAACUCAGAAAUAAUAAUAUUUUGCCGCACGACACUGAAAAAUAUCAAUUGUAAAUAUCCGGUGCAAACAACAAAAUCAAACUUACUGGGAUUCACUAAGAAAUGAAAAGAAAUUAUCCUUUUAGAAAUACCGAUCAGUAAGGUUUUAAAAGUGAGACGUUGAUUCGAUGUUGUUUUGUGGCAAAACUUAGGUUCUAAGUUAGAUAUAAGCCCGUUACCUCAGUGCCCGCGCGCAGCUCUCGCCCGCGCGGGUUUUGGUUGAGCGCUCAGCGCACCAAGAAAUCUCAUGGAGUUGAUUCGGAAACGAUAACAUGGCCUGUGAAGUUAGUGCCAUACCGUCAUACGAUCAAGGAUUAUAUUUGUAUUGCAGACAAAAUUAUCUUCAUAAUAAUGUUGACAUCUAAAACCUAACAUUGUUAUAGAGAACUUGAUUUCACUCCAAUCUGCAAUUUAAACUAAGUAAAUCUUUGAUAUGCAAGCCUCCAGAUAAACAUUUCCAUCGAUAGUCUGGUUUGACAUUUGCAUGGCACCACAGGACACCAUAGAAUUACAUAUAUUUUCUUGGUGUAACUUCACAUGGCCUUUCCAUAAGACUGAUUUGUCGUAGCUAAGUUGAACGUUGCCCGCGCGACGCGACACACACAGGAACCAUAGUUAUAUUUAUACACUUUACACCCCCUACCCCCGACCUUUAUCCUCCACAAUGUACAAUAGUUAAAGAUGUACGGACCAGAGUGUGAUUUUAUCAAUGUUUUUGUGUUUACGAAUGAAUGGGUCGAGAAAGUAGUUCCUAAUUAUAUUCUAUUAUGAUUUUAUGUUUAAGGCCAUCUUAAAUAUGUAAUCAGAGAAAGUUAUUAUUUUAUAUCGUUUUUUAUUGAAAAUUUAUUUAAACAUAUUAAUAAAUGUAACUUAGACUUAUAUUAGUUUAGAUUCAAAUAAUUAUGUAAUGUAAAUCAAAUUUUAAAUGAUUAUUUUCACCCCGAAGUAAUUCAUAAAUGACAAAUUAAUGUUGAGAAAACUGCUCUCUGUACCGUCCGUCUCCAUAGACCAUAUACAAUGAUAUACAAAUGUUGCAUAUAUGUGAUAUAUUUAGUGUAAGACGCGCACACGCGCCGCGCGGGGGCUCCGGCAGCAAUACGAAUCGUACCCGAAUUAACUUCAUUGGAUUUGUCACUACAUCGCACCCAUUGAAUGAAUCUAAUGCAAAAACAAUUCACUAACCGAUGAAAAAAAAAACUCUUUGAACUGUCUAGUCGCAAUCUGGAAAC